CCGCCGAUGUGGAGCAUUCCGCUGUCUCCAAGCGCAAUGAAGAUACCCCGCCGCCUUGGGCCUGCAACACCUGCGAAUUAAACUACGAGAUGUGCCGCCAGUACAAUGGCAAACGCCCGGACGCUGAAUGCCGAGAGGAGAUUUGCAACCCGGAGACUUCCCCUUUAACAUAUAGUUGCGGCCAUUGCCAACGAUGCGGUGGAUAUGUUGCCCCCGAACUAGAAAUGGAAACUCCUCCUCAGCAACGCGAUUUCGAGCGUGCCCCCGCCGUCAAGCGCGAGGAAGUUCCAGAGCUCGCGCAGGAGCAAGGCCAAUGUGCAUCGGACUGCUUUGGGAAGUACAUGAUGUGCCGUACACCGCCCUUGGCAAAUUGGGGCAAGUGCAAGAGCCGGUACUGCCGCUUGGAUAAGUGCCACGAGUGCCGGUUUUGCCACGAAGAUAUUGCAAAGCGCGAGGAUGUCUCUGGGUCUGAGCCCGCAGUCAAGCGCGUGGAAGCUCCAGAGCUCGCGCAGGAGCAAGGCGUGUGUGCGUGUUUCGGCCCGUUCAUGAACUGCGUCCGCGUACGUGCACCUUCCCACCUUCAUAUAAGCCGUAAUAUCCCUCGCUAACCAGUCGAUCUAGAACGCGGCUAAGAGCCCCGCGUGGUGCAGGAGCCAUUUCUGCGGCAUGGCUAAGUGCCACAAUUGCGAUUUUUGCCCCAAUAAUGCUGCGAAGCGCGAUGAGCUGUCUGAGCCUGCGGCAGUGGUCGCCGAGGACGAGGAAGCCCCAGAGCUCGCGGAUGUGGAAGGCCAGUGUGCAAAGGGCUGCUUUACGUCGUAUAUGGCGUGCAUGAGGGUGCGUAUACUGUCCUCCCCAAUAGGAGUGGAACAGAUCCAAACUAACACAACUUCAGCGCCCGGACGGAAACAUUAAGGUCUGUAGGGGCGC